UUGGCCCAAAAAGAGGGGAGGAGAAUCUAGGCCUCCCUGAAGGAGAGCAAAAGGACAGUGCAGUUUCCAGCUUCUCUCACCCACCACAAUGGCUCUGCCUCUGAGGUCCUUGAGUCGGGGCUUGGCAAGUGCAGCAAAGGGGGACCACGGAGGGGCAGGAGCCAACACCUGGCGCCUCCUGACCUUUGUUUUGGCACUGCCGAGCGUGGCCCUCUGCACCCUCAACUCCUGGCUCCACGCGGGCCACCACGAACGCCCUAAGUUUAUCCCCUACCACCACCUCCGUAUCCGCACCAAGCCCUACUCCUGGGGAGACGGCAACCACACUCUUUUCCACAAUCCCCGUGUCAACCCUCUGCCCACCGGCUAUGAACAGUCCUGAGACCCUGGAAGAUGUCACCAGGUGCAAUAAAGGUGGAAGCUAUG